GGUGAAUUGUUAAAUCCUUGCCGCUGUGAUGGGUCAGUACGAUACACACAUCAGCUUUGUCUGUUAAAGUGGAUAAGUGAAAGAGGGUCAUGGACCUGUGAACUCUGCUGCUACAGAUACCAUGUUAUAGCAAUUAAAAUGAAGAAGCCUUGCCAGUGGCAAAGCAUUACUAUAACACUGGUUGAGAAAGUGCAGAUCGUUGCUGUAAUCCUAGGAUCUCUGUUCUUAGUAGCAAGUGUGACUUGGCUUCUAUGGUCAGCCUUCAGCCCUUAUGCAGUAUGGCAAAGAAAGGACAUCCUUUUUCAAAUCUGCUAUGGAAUGUAUGGUUUUAUGGAUCUAGUAUGCAUAGGACUGAUAGUACAUGAAGGUGCAUCUGUUUAUCGAGUGUUUAAGCGCUGGAGGGCUGUGAAUCUACACUGGGAUGUGUUAAAUUACGAUAAAGCCACAGACAUAGAAGAGAGCAAUCGAGGAGAACCCUCAGCCGGAAGGACAUUGUGGUUACCACUGACUGCAUUUAGAAACAGAAAUUUAGUUCAUCCAACACAGUUAACCUCACCAAGAUUUCAGUGUGGCUAUGUAUUGUUACAUCUCUUCAACCGCAUGAGACCUCAGGAAGAUUCAUCAGAAGAUAAUGGCUCUGGGGAAGUAGUAAUGAGAGUGACCUCAGUGUAA